UGUGGAGGUGGAGUGAUGCCCAGUAUAUAAAGACCUGCCAAAGAGGGUCAGAAAUGGACAUCAUUAGGGACCCUGAGCUGGACAGAGGUGAAAGCAUCGUUUCCAGAAAAAGAUUUCUUAUACAACCCGUGAUUGUAGUCUCUGCCAGAGCCGAACAUGCCAAAUUGGGGUGGAGGAGCCAAAUGUGGGGCCUGUGAGAAGACGGUUUACCAUGCUGAGGAGAUCCAGUGCAACAGCCGGAGCUUCCACAAAACCUGCUUCAUCUGCAUGACUUGUCGUAAAGGUUUGGACAGCACAACAGUUGCAGCACAUGAGUCUGAGAUUUACUGUAAAUCCUGCUACGGCAAGAAAUAUGGUCCAAAAGGUUAUGGGUACGGCCAAGGUGCCGGAGCGUUGAGUUCUGACCCCGUCAAUGAUGAAGAACUUCAGCCUCAUGAGCCCAAAGCUCCCCGUCCUUCAUCUGCUAACUCAAACCCAAACAAGUUUGCUCAAAAGUUUGGGAGUACGGAUCGCUGUCCUCGCUGUACUAAAGCCGUUUAUGCAGCGGAGAAAAUCAUGGGCGCUGGAAAGGCCUGGCACAAAACCUGCUUCCGCUGUUUACUGUGUGGGAAGAGUUUGGAAUCCACCACAGUGACGGAUAAAGAUGGAGAGCUCUACUGUAAAGUUUGCUAUGCCAAAAACUUUGGUCCAAAGGGGCGUGGCCUGGGGAACCUGGGUGUGGUUGAGGAGAAUGAUUGACAAGUUUAGCCCAGCCCAAUGCAGCUGCGUUUUCACUGCACACAACCAAAUCUAACCGCCCUCUAGUGGCAGUAUUAAUGAAUUUUUUUGCAUGUUCAGUAAAGAAAGCAACACCAUUUGCCCUCUAAACAUUCACCAUGAUGAAAUAAAUAAACCAUACAUUAAUUAAUUAACUAAAUUAACAAUGCAUUUCUUCAUUAGCAACAACUAUGCAUUUUUAAAAGCAUUCAAAAAAACAAAUUCCAUCAAACACUGUUGUGUGCAGUGAAAAGCUUUAUACUUUAAGCUGAAGUGUGUAAUUUCCAAACAGAAUUGUACUUUUCCUCCAAACAUUUUACCACAGAUCAGAUUAAAAAAAGAAAAAAAAAAGAAAAAAAGAAAGAAAUAAAUUUAACCUAAAACUUGGUUGAGCCAGUGUUCCUGUAUGUGGACUAUGUGGUUAUGCAGUAUAAUGUUGUGAUGGUGCCACAUGAACCUCAUCCACCAACAUCUUAAGCUGGGAAAAGGGAAAGUAUUUUAAAACAAAGAAAAGAAAUGUACACACUUCAGCUUUAAACUAGAUCU